UUAUCAAUUCCAGCAGCCUCGGCUCGAUCCAAGCGCCAGCAACCAGUCAUGAACGCUUCAACUCGCAUUUUGCUGGUGCUCUUCGUGUCCUACGCUAUAGCCUUCAUGCUCGUUGCAGGGAGUGUUCCCUUCGACCGAGCCAUAGGAGUGUGCAUCAGAAAUUGCGCCCAGUGCAAGAAAAUGUUCGGCCCGUACUUCCUUGGACAGAAGUGCGCCGAUUCUUGCGUCAAAUACAAAGGAAAGCUCAUCCCCGACUGCGAGGAUGAAGGUUCGAUUCAACCGUUCCUCCAAGCUCUCGACAGCGACUAUUAAAACUCGUAAUGCUUAUUCAUGUCAACGUGCAUUAUACGUAAUAUGUGCCAAAAAUACGUCUUAUAUAUAUAUAUAUAAUAUAUAAAAUAUGUGUUACAUAAAACAUGUGAAUUAUAUGUAAAUUCGCAAGCAGAGGUCUUAAUCUUCUAGAGUCUAAGCAGUAUUCGACAUUUAGUUCUUAUUUAACGAGCUAUUCUCAAAGACAGAUUGUAUUCUUAUAACGAAUAAUAUAUUUAUGUUAAUAUAUUUCUAUGCCGAAUUGUUUUAUAUGUUACAAUUGAAAAGAAUCGAAUGAAACUGAAUGUCGAGUCUAGUUUGACAAAGGGUUAGAUAGUAUGUAUAUAAGAUCAUAGUGUAUUUUUCUCUUGAGUACAGGGUACCACGAAUUUUUACUUUUGUAAUCAAUUUUUAAUCGAAACUCAGGGAAACGUAUAAGUAUGUGCGAGAAAUUGAGAGAAUUUGAUUUCACGCCUUAUUUGUGAGUAUUAUAUAUCAUAUUACAUGUAUUAGCUAAUGACAUCGACCAAAAAUUUGGGAUCAUUUGUCACGAUCGAUUACAUUUAUAGUGAAUUCUCUGCUAAUUUUUAUUAAUUAUUAUUAAUUCGAAAUUGAUCAAGAUAUCGAUACUAAUUCUCGUUUAAUUUCGAUAGAUUUCUGUGCAGAAGUUUUCUUACAUAACGUUCAUAAUGUUCUUAAUUCUUGGCUUCUACGGAACACGGUUGUAAUUCCAAAUUUUUGGCUGGUAAUGGGUCUCUAUCGCCGUUCAAAGUAUUAAACGUGAAGUAUUACUAAUAGUAAUAAAUAUCAAGUGAAAGAAAAACAUUUGCUUUCUACAUCAUAUUUAAGAAAAUAAAAUUCUCCCGACAUCUAGCAUCAUCGAAAAAGCUUUCGAGAAAAGGACUUGAAAAAUACGUUACUCGAUUUUCUUUGCAUCUAAUAUCACAACAACAACAAAGAAUGUAAAGAAAUGUUUCAAAAUUUAACAACAUCGACAAACUAGAAAAUAUGUACUUCUAAAAUUACGUUCUGUCACAAACAAAAGAAACAAGACGGUGCGUGACGAUUUUUAAUAUUUUAACUGCUGUCCGCACGAUCUUCGAUAAAUAAAACGAAUUAUUGCAAGCACAAUUUACUCACCAGACGUUGCUUACUCCGAAGUAGGAGGAAUUAUAUGGCACUCUGGUAUCGUAGACAAUGUCUGUUUUGAUUCUAGUUGUUGUACCUGAAAAUUAUUCGUAAGUUUCUUCAUGUUAUAUCGUUUUCUUUCUUUGUAUUUAUUUUCUUUUCAUCUUGAAUUAAUUUUUCCUUUCUCUUAUGCGUAUAAAAUGUAUAUUUACACGUUGUCGAAGA